GUUUUACCCAUCAAGUCCCUUGACCCCUGCUCUAUAUAUACGGUCGUCGGCUUUAUGGGGCUCAUUUAAAGUCUCCAACAUCUUCGCUUCAGUUCUCUGAGUCUUUCCUUUCGCCGUUCUCAUUUAACGAAAUCAUGCCUCGCAGAAGCUCCGGAGGAAGGCCUGCCCCUCGGGCUGCUUCUCGUCCUGCAUCUGUGCGUAAUCCCCCUCAACCAGCAAGCCAUGCUCCUCCACCAGCUCCUGCUCAGAGUGGUGGCGGUGGAUCCAUGCUCGGAGGUCUUGGUGCCACCAUAGCUCAGGGUAUGGCUUUUGGCACUGGGAGUGCAGUUGCACACAGGGCUGUUGAUGCUGUUAUGGGCCCACGCACUAUUCAACAUGAAACUGUUGCAUCGGAGGGUGCCACUGCUGCUGCAGCUCCAACCAUGAACAGUGUUGGUGGUUCAGAUGCAUGCAAUAUUCACUCCAGGGCCUUCCAAGAUUGCCUGAACAACUAUGGGAGUGACAUCAGUAAAUGCCAGUUCUACCUGGAUAUGUUGUCCGAGUGCAGGAGGAAUUCUGGUUCAGUGAUGGGUGCCUAAGUGCUAUUCCCUGCCUCCACAUUCCAUGGGACUCUGUUUCUCAAUUGAUUCUUGUUAUUUUGAACUAUCGUAGCCAGUUGUCAUGUUUGCUUGGGAAACAGUUCAUCCAUUCCCUCUAAUAAUAUUUUGGGAACAAUCGUUUUAUGGUAGAAUUUUCUUAAAACUCCAAUAUAUCUUUGUUCUGCUGUCUUGUUAUUGAUGAAGCUGUUUAGUUUGGGGAUCUUAUGUAA